AAGAAAAAAGAUGAGACAAUUAUUUAAAAUUCUUUUCCCUUUCCCCCCUCACUACAUUUACAGUACACAAACAUUACUAACAGCUUUGGCAUUACAUUCUCUUUUGUUUAUUGUAGCAGCAGCACUUCCACCUCACAAAGGAAUUUAUGAUUCUAAAGAAUUAACUUCUUCAGAAAUGCAAAGUGGAAAACGAAUGUCUCCCUUCAUUUCAUAUCAACCUUGGUCUUAUAUGAAAAGAGCGCCAACAGCUCCAAUUAUUCGAUUCGGAAAGCGUUCAAGUUGGGAAGAAUUAAUUGAAAGAUUAAAUGAAGAAAAUGAAGAUUUCCAACAACAACAAAAACGUUCACCUAACAGCGCACCUUUAAUUCGUUUUGGAAGACGUUUAAAUAAUGCUCCCUUAAUUCGAUUUGGAAGAAGUUGGAAAGGAAAUGAAGAAAAAGAAUUUAAUGAAUAA